CGUCUAAAGGUCAUCCAGGCAGACACAUCUUCGCACCUUUCAUCCGUCAAGACCUUUCAGGAAUUAAAUCUACCUACUCACUUGUUGGAAGCUCUCUUUACGAUGGGUUUUGAUCGUCCUUCCGCUAUUCAGGAAGAAGCCCUGCCUCGGAUUCUUGCGGAUCCUCCGCGGAACUUGAUCGGUCAAGCCAAAUCUGGUAGCGGCAAGACCGCAGCCUUUACACUAGGCAUGUUGUAUCGAAUCACUGUUGACACUCCUGCUACGACGCAAGCUUUAUGUGUAACACCGACACGUGAACUGGCAAUUCAGAUCGUGGACAAAGCUGUCCGUCCCAUGGCCGUCAACAUGAAAGGCCUGAAGAUACAACUGGCGAUUUCGCAAUCAGUAGUGGACAAAAAGAUUGGAGUUGACUCACAUAUGGUAGUCGGUACACCAGGAAAAGUGGUGGACUGGCUGAAGCGACGAAUUAUAAACCCUGAUACCAUCAAUAUCUUUGUACUUGAUGAAGCUGACAAUAUGGUGGAGGAGGGAGGCCAUCGUGCCAAUUCUCUUCUUAUAAAGAAAUGUAUUCCCCCUACUUGCCAGAAUCUCUUCUUUUCGGCGACUUUUCCGGAGGAAGUUGUCAAUUUUGCAACCAAGAUGGUCGAUAAUCCUGAUAAGAUAUUGAUUGAAGACGGACCUGAAUUCCUUGUGCUGGACGUUAUAAAACAGCUCUGGGUAGACACCAGAGAAUAUUCGGGUGGAAAGCUCAUGUUUCUGGGAGACAUUUAUUCGCUCCUGACCAUUGGACAGAGUAUUAUUUUUGUUGGAACCAAGAUAGAUGCGGAUACAGUGCAUACUACAUUGACGGGCGCUGGUUUCACGUGUUCUGUUUUGCACGGAUCCGUGGAUGCCGCGCAGCGUGACACAACAAUGGAGGCUUUUCGAAACGGUGAAAGCAAUGUACUUAUAACAACAAACGUCCUUGCCCGAGGAGUGGAUGUCGACAACGUUUGCAUGGUGAUCAAUUACGACAUACCAGUUGACAAAGAUGGUGCCCCCGACUUCGAAACAUACUUGCACCGCAUCGGGCGUACCGGACGCUUUGGACGCAAAGGUACAGCCAUAAAUCUCAUUUCCGACCAAAAGUCAGUUGAAAUUCUGGCUGCUAUCGAGUCGCAUUUCGCCAAA